UCCUUGGGAACUCUGCUCCCAGCACAGCUCAGCUCUGGGGACCAGGAAGUGGUUAGCUGAAGGGGACAGUGUUCUUUCAGGCUGUUUUGCUGAGCUUGCCUGUCUUCAUUGCGUGCAGUCUCUGGUUCCUGGCUUUCAGAUGGCCUUCUGGCAGGAGAAGCGUGAGGGCCCCCAACCAUGUCUUAUCCGUCGACUGGAUCACCUGGUGCUGACUGUGAAGAGCAUUGAGGACACCGUAGGCUUUUAUUCCAAAGUCUUGGGUAUGGAAGUAGUCACUUUCAAGAGUGAGGACUUCAGGAACUGUCAGCCCAUGGCGCAUCUGACUGAGUGUCCUGUCUCUGACAUAAGUCAGCAGCAGCUUUGUCAGAGGCAGGUACAGAAGACCCUACAGCAGGAAAUAAUGGAAGAACCUGCCUCUAGAGCAGAGGGCAACCGGAAAGCGCUACGUUUCGGGAACCAAAAGUUUAACCUCCACGAGGCUGGGAAGGAGUUUGAACCCAAGGCUCGCAGACCAGUUCCUGGUUCCAUAGACGUCUGCUUGAUCACAGACACCUCGCUAGACCAGCUAGUGGGACACCUGAAGGCCUGUGGUGUGACUAUUGAAGAAGGCCCAGUGCCCAGAACCGGUGCCAUUGGUCCAAUCACAUCCAUCUACUUCCGAGACCCCGAUGAAAACCUGAUUGAGGUUUCCAACUACAGCACUGAUUUGGCUGUCGACAGAGUGAAGCAUUAGCCACAAUCCUCUUUCCACCACCCCCUAAUCUCCUCAACACUAGAGGCAAACAAAGGGAGGCUGUGAUUUUUCUUUGUUCAUUUGCAAUGCAUUGUAGGAUGGGGUUUGGGUGUUGCAAACUGAGAACACAUCAGUUUGUGUCCAUGUCCAUUCUGCCAGGCUCCUGAUAUAGCGGGACAUAUCAGGCCUCAUCCUCAAAGGAAACCUGCACAACACAUUCAAAAGAUGAGCUAGGGCUGGGAGCUUAAAUUCAUAAGUCUGCUAGACACUAAAAAUCAGGGGCUGAACAGAGACAGUGGAUUUAUGGCUUAUUACAACAAUCUGCUCCCCACUAACUCUCCCCUCCCCCACCCCGCUUUUUGUCCUAUGACUGCAGAGGUGUUAACUCUACCUUGAAAGGUCCCGUGCAAUAUAUGCUAUCUACUUAUGCUAAACAAUCUGUUCCACCGUUCAUUUUGCUGUGACUCCGGGAGUACCUUUCCCAGCCCUGAAGAAGAGCUCUUGGUGGCUCGGCAGCCUCUCUCCCACCAACAGAAGUUUUCCUAGCUGGGCAGCUGGAGAGUGGUGGCUGCUGGCCGGGAGCCCAGCUCUGA